AUGACUGAACCUUUGUACUCCGACUUCAAUGGCCCCAAUGCCAAAAGUAACAGCCAAGCACUGCUCUGUGGUCUCUAUGAAGGCGAGGCAGCGGAUCCUUACCUGGUGUCAUUCCUGGACCAUUGCCGACGGCCGGAGGGCUUGGAAGACCAACCACUGGAAGUGGAUCUGGAGGACCAUGUUAGCUUCUGGCGUAAGAUGGGGGAACACAAAGGUUCGGAGCCACACGGCUUGCAUAAUGGCCAUUUCAAAGCGGGAGUAGCAUCCAACUUGCUUGCCUGCUGCGACACAAUCUUUCGCUCCAUCCCUUUUGCUACAGGAUUUGUCCCAGCCCAGUGGUGCCACUUGCUCAACUUUGCAAUUGAGAAGAAACCAGGCAAGAUUCGGGUGGACCUCAUGCGCACGAUCCAAAUGAUGAAUUCAGAGCUGCAGGCCAACAACAAGAGAGUGGGGAAAUCGGCCAUGGCCUAUGCAGAGCAGCACAACUUGAUCCCAAAGGCACAACAUGGGUCUCGCAAGCGUCACCAGGCCAUCGAUUUGGCCCUGACGAAGCGUCUCACUUGGGACCUCUUGCAUCUUCAACGCCGCCCGGCCGGGUGGAUCUCCAACAAUGCCAAGUCCUGCUUUGACCGGAUUGUCCACUGGGUGGCAAUCAUUAGCCUCAUGCGCUUUGGGAUUCAAUGGCGUACCCUUCGCUCCAUGUUUGAUACACUGAUGAAGUCUAAGCACCGGGUGCGUACGGGGUUUGGCGAUUCAGACCGUGUCUUUACCCCUCCGACCCUAAUCCCAUUUCAAGGAUGUGGACAAGGCAAUGGGGCAGGACCUCCUAUCUGGGUUGCAAUUAGCUCCAUUCUCUUGGGGAUGAUGAUUAGCAAAGGCUUUGGCUUUGACUUUCUGAUGUCAAUCUCUUGGG